GCUUCAUUUGCGUAGAACCUUUCUUUGGUAUCGCAUCAAAGCCACGUGAGACAAUAAUGGAUAAACCAGUAGUUUUGGCACGCGUUAUAAAAGUCUUAGGAAGAACCGGCUCACAAGGCCAGUGCACGCAAGUUAAAGUUGAAUUUCUAGGCGAACAGAAUAGACAGAUCAUCAGAAACGUGAAAGGCCCGGUACGAGAAGGUGAUUUACUAACCUUGCUGGAGUCUGAACGUGAAGCAAGAAGACUUCGAUGAGUAAAAGUUUUGUUAAUCCUAAACCUAACAGAGCAAAUAAUUCUGCAACUCUAGCUCUAUUGGUCUUAGGUGCUCAAGCAAAAAAUCAAACAAAGAGAAACAGUGCUAGAGAUGAUAUAUUUUCCUCCUUUUCAUCUGCAUCUCCAGCUUCAGUAACUUCAAGAAGUAAUGGUACUUCUAAUACAACUACAAAUGCAUCAACAACGAUCAGUAAAAAUGAAGAAGAAAGUUUUUUCGAUCAACCAGCACCAUCACCUCAAGAAAAAAAUAAAAUGUCCAAAAACAGUAUUUUAGUAUUGUAUGUAUAUAAUUUUAUUAUUUGCUAAAGAUGGGUGCUUUUGUAUUCACGAUGAAUGUAUGCAAGGGUCCACUUUCAUUAUAGCAAACUAUUUCAUUAUACUUAAACAAGUACAAGCAUCCUUAGUACGAUAAGCAUAGUUUGCGACAUAGUUCAUUUUUACCCCAAAACAUAAAGGAAAAUCAUGUAUUUAACAGUUUUCAUGGACUAUUAAAGUUCUUCGAUAAAUUAUA